GAGGUGAGCUGGCCGCAGAUGAGAGGAGGACGGUGCCGUAUGUUCCGGUGUGACACUAGGAGCUCAAGGCGAAACUGUACUGUAUAUCCUCCUCCGGAGAACUGGAGAAAAGCGAGCGGGGACUAAACCACUCGCGUCUCAGCACCGAUGUGGUUUGGCUAGCUUGGAGAAAGAAGACGAGGAGGUCGACGGAAGUUUUUUGUUGUUGUUGUUGUUGUUUUCUUGAGGAGUUUAGAAACGCACCAGCACUGCCUGCUCACAGUCAUUCCUCUUGAAGCUGAUAUGGAUUUCUCUCCACAUCUGUCAACUCUGUUCCCGAGUUGGUCGACACAUUCCCCUGGCAUUGUUAUCCAGCCGGUUUCCUACGGCCAGCGGCUUUUGUCAGUCUCUCCCCCAUUGUCCUUGCUUCCUUUGUUCCCCAGCUUCAACAAUGGCUUUGUUUUUCCUCUUUAUAUAUAUGUGCACUUUUUGACAUUGUGUGUUCUGUUUGUUUUGUUCUGCUGUCUGGUCUGUUUUUCUUUCCCCUCAUUGCAGAAUGGGGAAAUAUAAACAUAUAGACACAAGCACACCCUUUCUCAGUGACUGUGGUUCAAAUUCUCUGACUCAAUCACGGGCAGCAACCCCCACACAGAGGAAUGGUUGAGCCUAGCUCUCCAGCGAUGCACCUCCUCUCCAAUAUGGAAGGCAGCCUGACAUGUGUUGGUGUGAAAGUAGAACGUGACGAUAUCAGUAGAGGAACUGGACUCAUCAACACCGAACCUACUCUAAAGAUGUCCCCCUCUCGUGACUGGGUUGGGAGUCAGCCACUGAUGGCUCGUCAACUGACCCCACCACUUUCCUGUUCACCUUUGGAGGGUUCUCCAAGUAAAGACAUGCCACACUUACAAACCCAAGUGACACUCAAGGAGACAAAGCUCCAGGAUCCACCAAAAGGGCAGUCCAAGGAAGGAAACCCAGAAUCUCUAGCAGAGAAGGAGCUCCAGUUGUUAAUGAUGAUCAACCAACUGAGUGGACUCAGGGAGCAGCUCCUGGGAGCCCACUCUGAGCAGAGGAACAUGGCUGCCUUGCUUCUGGAAAAACAGCAGCAGCAAAUGGAGCUAGCCCGGCAGCAACAAGAACAGAUUGCUAAACAACAACAGCAGCUGAUCCAACAGCAGCACAAGAUCAACCUUCUUCAGCAGCAGAUUCAGGUAAACAUGCCCUACGUGAUGAUCCCUGCUUUCCACCCCAACGCCCAGUCUCUUUCAGUCCCCUCUGACCCACAGAUAAACUUGCCAUUGCAGCCAAUCCCUUACAAGCCAGCUGUGGAUUAUCCCAUGCCACUACUGUCCCCGCCCCUCAAGAGGAGUGGUCGUUCCAUCCGACAGGAAGCAGGUCAGCCCUUGAAUCUGACAUCCAAGCCUAAAGGACUGGAGCUGGGGAAAGCCCAUAGUCCAAAAUGCAUGGAAGUGGGAUCACUGGCGGUGCAGGGCACCUACAUACACAGAGAUAUGCCAAAGGAUGGGUCAGACAGCCCACCGCGAUCUGCCCUCACUUUAUUCAGAGACAGUGAUGUAGUCACCCAGGCCAUCCAUGAUGCCCAGCAGCUACUGAGGAGUCACAAUGCUGGAGUCCAAGAGAGAGACACACAGAGAGAAACCAACAGAGAAACCAGCAGAAAAUUGGUCAGCAACUCUCCAAAUGAGCGCAAAUAUCCUCCUUGUGGUGAAAGAAUUGUGCACGCUGAGCAAGGUGACGACCGGCACACAUUGCUGUCCACUGACGACCACCUCAGCAGUGACUCUGAGAGUACUCUGCAGGUCCGAGGCAGCUACUCUGAACCGCGCCCACCUCCGUCUUCAGGCCACAUCAAGAGACCCAUGAAUGCCUUCAUGGUUUGGGCCAAGGAUGAACGCAGGAGAAUCCUGCAGGCCUUUCCUGAUAUGCACAACUCCUCCAUCAGCAAAAUCCUGGGCUCCAGGUGGAAGUCCAUGUCCAACCAGGAGAAACAGCCUUACUAUGAAGAACAGGCCAGACUGAGCAGGCAGCACCUAGAACGCUACCCCGACUACAAGUACAAACCCCGGCCCAAACGCACAUGUAUCGUGGAGGGGCGGAGGCUGAGGGUGGGCGAAUACAAAGCCAUGAUGAAGAGCCGCAGACAGGAACAGAGGACACCCUACACUAGGAGUCCAACAGAACCACAGUCUAUCCACUACUCUCCCAACGACGCCUUGUACCUGGCCGGUGGCGGGGGCGGCAGCUCCGCCUCCAUGCCGUCCAUGUCCUUUCACUCCUCUCUCCUGGAGCACUACCUGCCGCAGCCACAGCAGACGUCACACCGAGUCGAGACCCCAGCCACGGUUGCCCCUCUGCCCCGUUUGAGGCAGACGGACCAAGAGCUGGAGCAGGCACCGUACAGCGAAGGAGAGGAAAGUGACAGAGGGGAGAGAAGUGAGGGGGAACUUGUGCUCCUCACAGAUUGAAAAGAAUUCAGAAUUAUUAUGAUUGUUAUAAUUCAGAAUGAGCUGGGCAUAAAAGAAGGGAUUCGGUUAUCACUGAAUUUGAGGAAGCCCCAUUUGCUUGUAAAUGAUCCCCACUCACCCCCAAUGCAAAUAAAUGCAAGCUCUUAUCUCACUCAUUUCAUGUCACAAUAAGGACGUCCAUUAAGAGGCAGCCAAUGUCAAGUUACCAUACAGGUUAUCAGGUUACAUUUUUUUCUUGCCCCAAUGUUGGUGGUCAAGAAGGCGAUGGAUUCGACAUGGAAGAGAUGACCAAUUUCUCUUCGAUUUGGGUCAUGGUUGACUUAUUUGUACGCCUGCAUUGCCUCCUGCUGAUAAAGUCAGACUGUCACAAUGUAGGCAAAUUUUUAUUUUUGCUUAUGAGCCUUUAAAAUGACCUUAUUGAGAAUGUUGAAUGCAUGGUGGGCCAAACGUCUGGCUUAUAUAUUGUUUGCACCUUUGCUGUGUAUCCAGGUCCCUGUUUUCUUUGUUCAGAUACAGCUUUACUGCACAAAAUCUGCAUAUAUAUUUAUAUACACACAUACAGUAUAUAUAUAUAGAAAGAAAAAAAAUAAGUAUUUGAACACCCUGUUUUAUUGCAAGUUCUCCCACUUAGAAAUCAUGGAGGGGUCUGAAAUUUUCAUCGUAGGUGCAUGUCUACUGUGAGAGAGAUAAUCUAAAAUGAAAAAUCCAGAAAUCACAAUAUUUAAUUUUCUUAAUGAUUUAUUUGUGUGAUAUAGCUGAAAAUAAGUAUUUCAAACCUAAGAAAACCAAUCUUAAUAUUUGGUACAGUAGCGUUUGUUUGCAAUUACAGAGAUCAAACGUUUCCUGUAGUUGUUCACCAGGUUUGCACACACUGCAGGAGGGAUUUUGGCCAAGUCCUCCACACAGAUCCUCUCUAGAUCGGACAGGUUUCUGGGCUAUCGCUGAGAAACAUGGAGUUUCAGCUCCCUCCCAAGAUUUUUUAUUGGGUUUAGGUCUGGAGACUGGGUAAGCCACGCCAAAACCUUGAUAUGCUUCUUACGGAGCCACUCCUUGGUUUUCCUGGCUGGGUGUUUCGGGCCAUUGUCAAGUUGAAAGACACAGCUACGACCCAUCUUCAAUGCUCUGACUGAGUGAAGAGGUUGUUCCCCAAAAUCUCACAAUACAUGGCGGCGGUCAUCCUGUCCUUAAUACAGUGCAAUCGUCCUGUCCCAUGUGAAGAAAAACACCCCCAAAGCAUGAUCCUACCACCCCCAUGCUUCACAGUAAGGAUGGUGUUCUUGAGAUGGAACUUAUCAUUCGUCUUCCUCCAAACACGGUUAGUGGAAUUAUGAGCAAAAAGUUCCAUUUUGGUCUCAUCUGACCACAAAACCUUCUCCCAUGACUCCUCUGUAUCAUCCAAAUGGUCAUUGCCAAACUUAAGACGUGCAGGGGAACCUUCCAUGGCAUGUAUGAUUUCAAACCAUGACGUCUUAGUGUAUUACCAACAGUCACCUUGGAAACUGUGGUCCCAGCUCUUUUCAUGUCAUCGACCAAGUCCUUUCGUGUCAUCUUGGGCUGAUUCCUCACCUUUCUAAGGAUCAUUGAGACCCCACAAGGUGAUAUCUUGCAUGGGGCUCCACUCCGAUUGAGAUCGACCGUCAUGUUGAGCUUCUUCCAUUUUCUUAGGAUUGCUCCAACAGUGGACCUUUUUUCACCAAGCUCCUUGGAUAUUUCUCUAUAGCCCUUUCCAGCCGUGUGGAGUUGUGCAAUUUUGUCUCUAGUGUCUUUGGACAGCUCUUUGGUCUUGGCCAUGUUACAAGUUUGAGUCUUACUGAUUGCAUGGGGUGGACAAGUGUCUUUAUCCAGCUAACGACCUCACACAGGUGCAUGUGGCUCAGGAUAAAACAUGGAGUGGAGGUGGGCUUUUAAAGGCGGACUAACAGGUGUUUGAGGCCCCGGUUGCUCAGUGGUUAGAGCACUGGUUUGGUAAACCAGGGGUUGUUGGCUCGUAUCCCACGGGGGCCUCCACUCCCUGAGAAGGGUUGCAUCAGGAAGGGCAUCCGGCGUAAAAAAUUGUGCCAAACAUAUAUGUGCGUUCAUCUGAGAUGACACUGUGGCGACCCUGAAAGGGACAAGCUGAAAGAAACUACUAACAGGUCUUUGAGGGUCAUAAUUCUAGCUGAUAGACAGGUGUUCAAAUACUUAUUUGCAGCUGUAUUCCACAAAUAAAUCAUUAAAAAAAUCAUACAUUGAGAUUUUUUCUUUUUAGAUUACCUCUCCCACAGUGAACAUGCACCUACGAUGAAAAUUUCAGACACCUACAUGAUUUCUGAGUGGGAGAACUUGCAAUAUAGCAGGGUGUUCAAAUACUUAUUUUCUUCACUGUAUGUAUAUACAAAAGAUAUAUAUAUAUAUAUAUAUAUAUAUAUAUGUGUGUGUGUGUGUGUGUGUAUUACCUCCUACAUGGCACUCAUAGUAUUCUAGUGCCACGUUCUGCAAUUUUUGAAGUUGUGCUGGAAAGAGUUUACAAUUGGAAUUUAUGUUCAGUGAUUGAUACAAUAACUCAGUCAGAAAUAGUCUUACUUGUGUGUAGUUCCUUUUUGAUAAAAUUACAUAUUGGCCUUUUUUAACACCUUUUAUUGCAUUCUUCCAUAGAUAUCAAUCAAAACAUAGUGAUGGUUAUGAAAUGAGCCAUUGGUUGGCAUGUCUGACCCUCUGCCAUCAACUGGCAACAUCUAAGGUGUAGCCAGCCUCCUGCCCCAAAGCCAACUGGGAUCGGCUCCAGCUCACUGGUAACCCAAAUGAGUACAAUCUGUAUAGAAAGUGGAUGGAUGGUUAUGGAAUGUUUUUGGGUUAUGUGUCUGAAUGAAUGUCAAUGUCUGAAUCAGUGUGUAGUCAAUGUGUGGGGAUCAUUCAUGCCAUACUCAGUCCUCACCUUCCAGAGUGAAAUAAGGGGUUAUGCUGUCACUGAUUUAUGCUUGAAACCAAAUCUGAAUUUUGUAUAUUCAUUCACUUAUAUGUAUCCUGUACUGUAUUAUUUGCUGUAAGAGUUUUUCAACUGGAAAAAAAAAGUACAUUUGUAGUUGUCUGUAAGACGUUUAGGUGAAUGUGAUGGAAAACAUAUAGAAAACAAAAGUGGCUGCUUCAUUUGAAAUGCAGUGCAAAUCAAGGUAUUCCAGUCACUCUAAAUACUGACCUAACAUCAAAACACUGGGUUUAAUUCCUCUUUGGAUAAUUCUCAGAUUAACCAGUCAAAAAGGGUCAAUCUCAGAUCUGAGGAUGCGACGAUGAAAAUCAAAGGAAUCAUCAGAGGAAAAUUCACUAUUCUGUUUUAAUGGCAACAUCCUGCUAUUGCACUGGUCUUUACUCCUACUGAUGUAAAUAUAGAAAGAUACUUUAUUUUGUUUUAUAAGAGCUUGUGUAAUUUAAAAGUAUAUUCUGUUUUGUCUGGUUUAUUUUCGUGAAAAAUUUAAAAAAUGCAUUUUGCUCUAAUUGCAUCUGCGUCCACACACCGUAUGGAGGCCUACUGCAGGGUUGUCCAACUCAUUUUAGUUCCGGGGGCACAUCCACCCUAUUUUUAACUCAAGUUGGUUUGACCUGUAUAUUUGAGGCCUAAUAAGCUGCAAAUAACUAUUCCAAUUUUUUUUCCAUUGUUUUUGUGCAAAUAAUUACAAGUACAAUUAGAAAAUAUUCACAUUAUCUUAUUCCAAAUUUUGUUGCAAAUCAUAUGAGCAAUGUGAAAUCUGUAAAUUAAAAUGAGUGCAGUUUCAA